AUGGAGGUUUCGCGAACAGAAACCAUGGCUUCGACGAGCACCAUCCUCCGCGCCUCCCGGCCCAUGUUCCGCCAGGCCGCCUUUGCCUCGCCGGCCCGCCAGGCAUUCGCCCGUGCGACCCAGCAGCAGCAGCAGGUGAUGCGCUUCCGCUUCCAGAACCGCCGGUGGCAAAGCUCCGAGGCCGGCGCCGGCUCUCAGCAGGGCCAGUCCCAGCAGCAGCAGCAGGCGAGCUGGUUCAAGCGCAUGUGGGAGAGUGAAAUCGGCAUCAAGACGGUGCACUUUUGGGCGCCCGUCAUGAAGUGGGCGCUCGUCAUUGCCGGCAUCUCCGACUUUGCCCGCCCCGUCGAGAAGCUGUCGUUUACGCAAAACUUUGCCCUGACCUGCACGGGUCUCAUCUGGACGCGCUGGUGCCUGAUUAUCAAGCCCAAGAACUACCUCCUUGCAGCCGUCAACUUCUUCCUCGGCCUCGUCGGUAUUGUCCAGGUCAGCCGCAUCCUGAUGGCCCGCGGUGCCGGUAACGAGGUCGCCGAGGUGGUGGAGGAGGUCAAGGAGGAGGCCAAGGAGGUCAAGGACCAGGUCAAGAAGCAGGUCAAGGCUUAG